CGGACUCUUCGAGGCGGAAGCGCUCACUCGGGUCAUGUUUCUUGGAGCUCUCUGGUUGCUGCUGCUCCUGCCGCUGCGCCCCCCGGGAGCGGGAGCGCAGGGCCAGGAGGCCGACAAGCCCACCCCUUGGCCGAGCGUCCAAGGCUUGAAGGAGCAGCUGAGGACGGUCGGUGCCCUCUCCAAACGGUACUGGGAGCUUUUCAGCUGCACCUUGUGGCCCGAUCACUGUGAAGACCAGGAGACCCCCGUGCCGCCUCUGGGCUGGAGCCUUCCUCUGUGGGGCCGGCGGUCGCUGGAUGUGCUCACUGCAUGGCUCUGCCGCUUUCAGGACUGCUGCAGAGGCGGCGGAGAUUGCAGGAUCUCCAACAACUUGACAGGCUUAGAAUCAGACUUGCGUGUGCGACUGCACGGCCAGCAUCUCGCUAGCAAGCUGGUCCUGAGAGCAGUGAAGGGCUACUUAGAGAUGCCCCAAGUAAGCAAGGCCCUGGCUCUGUCAUUCCACGGCUGGUCUGGAACAGGCAAGAACUUCGUGGCACGGAUACUGAUGGACAACCUGUAUCGGGAUGGCAUGAGGAGUGACUGUGUCAAGAUGUUUAUCUCUACCUUCCACUUCCCACACCCCAAGUAUGUGGACACAUACAAGGAGGAGUUGCAGAGGCAGAUGCAGGAGACGCAGUGGCGCUGUCAACAGAGCACGUUCGUCUUUGACGAAGCGGAGAAGCUGCACCCGGGGCUGCUGGAGCUGCUUGAACCCUACCUGGAACCGAGGAGCCCCGAGGCCCAUGGAGCUGAGGCGCCCCGAGCUAUCUUCCUCUUUCUCAGUAACCUCGGAAGCAGUGUCAUCAAUGAGGUAGUCCUGGGUUUGCUUAAGGCUGGAUGGUCCAGGGAGGAAAUUACAACGCAGCACUUGGAGGUGCCCCUUCAGGCUGAGAUCAUGGAGGCUGCAGACAGCAGCUUUGGCUCCAGCCGUCUCCUGAAGAAACACCUUAUUGACCACUUUAUCCCCUUCCUGCCACUGGAGUACCGCCAUGUGAGGCUGUGUGUCCGAGAUGCCUUCCUGGGCCAGGAUCUCCCAUACACAGAAGAGACCCUGGAUGAAAUCGCCAAGAUGAUGACAUACGUCCCCGAGGAAGAGCGGCUUUUCUCCUCUCAGGGCUGCAAAUCCAUUUCCCAGAGAAUCAACCUCUUCCUGCCUUGAAAGUGACUCCUGGGCACCCUAAACAAUCUUGCUCUACAAGAGACAGCCAUCUGCCAGGUGCCCUGGCGUCCAGCAAUCACUGCUUUCAGCUGGUGUGCAAAAGGCAGUUCCUAACAGAGGCAGUUUCUAAAAACCACUUGGUGCCUUAAAAACCUACCUUCUAGACAAUCUAGACUGAGGGUCAGGAAGCCAGUGGAAUGGAAGGUCCAAGUACCAAAGGGUCCUCAGAACACUCCCUACAGUCUCCUGGCACCAUAGCUCUUCCUGGAAGGCAGCUGGAGUUCAUAUGAGCCUGAGGCUCUAGGAUCUUUGGGCUACAGUACAAGGAAGAUGUGUGGACUAGAGGUGUGUGGCCCAGGUCUGCAGGUCUGGCUGGCUUUCCUUGCUUUCCGACAAAGUGGGGAGAGGGGCAGCUUCUGCAUGUGAGACCAGCAAAGGGCCUUAGGCUAAAGGACAAACCGAAGCUUUCAAAACAUGAUGGGUGUGGCCCAGAACUGUAGUAGGCUAAUAUGGGAGAGAGAGCUAAAGAAACUUGAGCUGCCUCGUUUGAGCAGCCUGCCAAGCUUGACCAAAACACAGGUGUGUAUGGAUAGCUAAGGCAUGUUCUGUUGUGCAGACUGAAAACUUUUUUUUUUUUUUGAAACAGGUUUUCUCUGUGUAGCCCUGGCUGUCCUGGAACUCACGCUGUA